AUGGUCGACUUCUCGCAAUAUGCAGCACCUGCUGAGGAAUGGCUAGAGUUCGAAAAGACGUGGAAGCCACCAGUACCUCCACCGUCGGCCACGCCCCAGGAGGUGAGAGAUAGAGCCAACCAAAAAAGCGCACAGUUCUUUGCCAAUGUGUUGGGACGUCCAGAAACCGGGCUCAAGGUGAUUGAUCAUUCAGUUCCCACCAUCGAUGGUGCAAUAGUCCCGGUUCGAAUUCAAUCGCCGGUCGACGUUGGUUCAACGAAGCUUCCCCUCGUCAUCUCUAUCCAUGGGGGUGGCUUUUUCCUAGGCAACCUGGAAACCGAAGAUCCUCAUUGUCGCCAACUUGCACUGCAUACCGGAGCAGCAGUGCUGAACGUCAACUACCGACACGCGUCUGAAUGGGCGUUUCCAACUCCUGUCAAUGAUGUAUGGACGGUGUUCAACUGGAUCCAACAACAUGCCGAGACCUACAAUAUUGACCCCGGUAGGAUCUUUUUCUCGGGCGUCAGUGCCGGCGCCAACCUGGCCAUCAGUAUCGCCCUGAGUGCACUCCAGCAACAGACUUUGAAGCCGGUCAGAGGUUUCAUAUUGAGUGUCCUAUCUGUGGUGCAUCCGGACUAUUUUCCCAACGAGCUCAUCAGGAAUGGAAAAGCUUCCCUGGAACAGUGUGCCAAUGCACCCAUCAUCAGUCUCCCAAGGAUGCGAUUCUUCACCAGCCUUUACAAGCCAGAUCCACAGCAUCCGAAAUUCUCGCCUCUGCUCCUUGAUGCGAAUGCGUUUGCUGGGCUAUGCCCCACGUCUUUCCAUAUCGCUGGAAGGGAUCCCGUCCGCGACGAAGGGUUGUUGCUCGAAGAGAAGUUGAGCAUCUAUCAAACUGACCUCCUCUUCAACAAGGUCCAAACAACACUUCAGAUCUAUCCAGGCCUGCCGCAUGCUUUCAUGUCGUUGCCAACUCUGCCCUCGGCCGCAAAAUGGCGCCAGGCCGUGCAACAGGAUCUGAAACGGUACAUCGCCGCCUCGUCAGGCGGAGAGCCUACCGUCAACGGCUCUUCCGAGACUCAUUGA